AUGUUGUUUUUAAUUGUUUAAUGCACAAACUAUGUUUGUUAAACUUCCUGUUGCAAUUAUUAGAAUCAAUGUGCUUUGAAUGAUUGUGUUCAUUUCGAAUAUGUUUAUAUCAUGUCUAAUAUUAGAGAGACACAUUUAAUUACUUUACAUUAGGAAUUCAAUUAGCUUUUCUAAUAAUAUCGAUAGUAAUUCUUUUCUUAUCCCAUACUUCUAAUUAUUUAGUUGUCCAAAAAUGA